AGGUUAACUAACUUAUCCUGCUGUGUCUGACAGACCGUCUCUGUAAAUACAGUUUGUGCUUUGCAUUUGUGUAUUUGUUCUCUGGUAGAGACCUCAAAACAACCAGGAGGAGGAGGAGCAGAAGGGGGAGGAAGUGCUGUUGGUGGUCCUGGACUUUCUAACCCACAGAUGUAUGAUGAGGUUUAUUUUGACUCGGACUCAGAGGAGGACGGCACACCGAGCAGCUCAACAAGCCAGAGGCGGAGACAGCGGACCAUUCCGACCAAUGACGAGCUGCUGUACGACCCCGACGAGGACGACAGAGACCAGGCCUGGGUUGACGCCAGGAGGAGAGAGUACAGCAGAAGAAAACGACCUGCUGCAGCUUUUCACUCAAAGCUUCGCCACCCUGAAGCUUUGCCUCACAGCGACGCUGUGCUUAACUGUCCCGCCUGCAUGACGACACUCUGCCUGGACUGUCAGAGGCACGAGAAGUACCGCACGCAGUAUCGAGCAAUGUUUGUGAUGAACUGCACAGUCAAGAGAGAGGAGGUGCUGCGUUACAAAAACCAGCCGGAGAAGAACCGGAGGAACAGGAAGAGGAGGAGGGGACAGCAGACAGAGACGCCUGCGGAUGAGACUCCAGCAGCAAUGGGGAUGGAAGCUGAUGAGGUGUACCACCCGGUGCAGUGCUCUGAGUGCUCCACUGAGGUGGCCGUGUUCGAUAAAGAUGAGGUUUACCACUUCUUCAACAUCCUGGCCAGCCACUGCUGACAAGGACUGAACGAGGUCUGAGCUGGACUUUGUCUCUAACUUCACACCUCGUGGCUCAGAUCAUUGUCUUUAUAUCUAAAAUGCUCACCAAAGCAAAGCUGAAGGGGAGUGAACACUGGAUGUGUGCUCAUCACUUUAAAUUAACGCUGUUAUUGUUCUGUAUUUGCAGGAUGUGUAAAUGUCCAUCUUCUUUUUUCUUUUUGCAAAUAAGAUCAUGGCGCCAGUGA